CAAUUUAUCCUCUUCUUCACAUUUACCGAAGUUAACUUUAACAAUUUACAACCACCGCCCCAGCGUCACCGCCGCCUCAAAGCUUUCCCGAUACGGUGGGUGAGGAUGAUGAAGAACAAGAAGAUUGGGCCAAUAGAGGAAAAUUCAUGGGGAAAGGAGAAGAAUGUGCCCGUAGAGGAAACUUUAAGGGAAAAUAAAGCUCUGUUGAUUGGAUUGAAACACCCACAGAUGACUGAUAUUGAUGAUGUGAAAGAGAAGAUAUUGAGGAUGAAGAAAUUUCUGAUGGAUCUGCGAGGGUUUUCAGAGAAUAACAUCACUCUCUUGAUUGAAGAUGGAGAUCCAAACGAAUCACAACCCACUGACUACAACAUACGAGUAGAGACAUGCUAUUUGGUUGAGCAUGCUAAACCAGGUGACAUCCUUUUCAUCCACCUCAUCGCCCAUGGCUGCUCUGAAGGCAAUAUCACUACUUCUGAUAAAGUCCUCCUUCCAGAUAAUCAUUUCAGGACAAUUAUAUACACUGCCGGCGCUUUAGGUUGUACCCUGACAAUUGUCUCCGAUUGCCUAAUUCAACCUGAAAAUUCUGUGUGUUGUACUCCGGGAAUACCAGCGGUUAGUCAACAAGACAAGAAAAGAAUUUUCACAAGACACCCAAAUAUUAAAUAUACCAUUCUGGUAUAUCCGUGUUUUUGCACCACCGGUUUGUCUCCUGUUGAUAUCCUCAAGGAGGAAACAGCUUGCAUAACUCCAACUCUCGAGCCCCCCUCAUCCGAGAACAGCUUUCCAAAUUCAAGAUUAAUUCUCUUGAAUGCUUUCCAGUAUGACCAGAAGAAGCCCAAAGAGGGAGUUGCUCACUUCGCCAACGGGGGACCCUUCAAUAUGCCAGAAUUAUUCUUAGCUUCUUCCACAACCACUACUACUCCUCCUAACCAACACAAAUUAUAUGGGGUUUUUACCACUACCAUUCUUGAUAUAAUUGAAGAGACUCAGGGACGUGUUACUAGUGUAGAGCUUGCGCGAGAGGCUCUGGAUAAACUUAGGAUGCAAGGUAUUCAUCAAAAGCCUGGACUGCAUUCCAAUGACCACCACCAUGCUUAUGCCUCCUUUUUGUCCGCUGAUUAGAUAGCAGUAUAGCACACUGAGUAUAUAUAUUAUUUGAAUGAUGUCAAUGUACUAUGUGAAGCGACAUAUGGUUUUUGGUCAGAUGAUCUGUUCUUGUUUAGUUAUUUCAGGUUUCGUGUGUUCUUAUUUAAAUUUGCUAUUUUUUCCUAGUGCUUUGGGAUGUAAGAAUUAUGCGCGUUCAGUUCUAUUAAAUGCCUGAUACAAAGUCUGAAUCCAGUUAUUCUCAGCUUCAAAAUAUUAUUAUUUUGCUAUGAUUGUAGUCUGAUGACAGCCUUUGGUCUGAAUCAUAUGUUGUUUUGUACCCGUUUGAAUGCAAACCUAAAAGCACUUAUUGGAGCUUUUUUAGUGUAUUUUUUUGUGGAUAAGCUCCAAUAAGCUUUAAAAAGCCCCUACCAAAGGGCUCAAGCUAAAGCUUGGUGACAGUUCUGCAUUUUGUUUAAGCAGUUAAUUGAAAUUUAAACCUGAAGUGCUUUCCUUUCAAAUUGGUCGUGCAAUUAUUAGUUUCUUGGAUUUGUGGGUUUGCAGUACUAGUAAUUCAUGGUUCCAUGCUUUAAACUUUUUCUUAGCCUAGAGUAAAUGAUGUGACCCCAUAAACCUGAAUGUUAUUCUAGCUUACACUUUUGACACACAGCAUUAAAACUGAUUUGCUUUGGUGAUUUACUAAUAGGAUUUGUGUGUAUUUUGCAUGUUAAUGUUUCAUGGGAUGUACUCAUUCUAUUUUUUGUGCCAUGAAUUAUUUUUUAUCUGUUGUACAUCUAUUUUUAUUUUUAUUUUUUUGUUAAAUUGGACGGCAAAAGCCCAAAACAAACUACACUAAUCUAGGGAAAGAGAUCCCAGCAAUAUCAUCCCCAAGACACACGCUCUAAGAAAAGCAGGAACAUUAGAAGAAUCAAACAGAAAAUCCUGGACAACAUGUCCUAGUUUAGCAAGCAGGUCUGCACUCCUAUUUCCUCCCUAAAAAUGAGGUGGAAGGAAACCUCCCAGCCACCACCAGCCAAGUCCAGAAUGUCGUUGACAAGAUCAGCACAAGGGUGAAAAGCUCCACUUGAAGUCUACCCACAGACAAAGAUCUAGCAAGCCUUAGGCCCUUCAAGAUACUCCAAAGUUCAGCUCUAAUAGAAGAACUUAACCGGAGGAGAAACCCCAAAGCACUUUCCCCUUGAAAUCCCUAAUCAAACCACCACAAGCAGCUUUACAACUCUGAUUAAGAACUGAGCCUUCAGUUUUGAGUUUCCAAACAACCAGAAUAGAGCCAUCAUGUAUACAUCAAUUUGAUUAGUGAUAAAUGCUGAUUUUGAUGGACAUGUUUACGUUUCAGUCUACUACCACUAUAUAUUGGGAAAUGACAUUUUCCGUUUUCAUUCCCAUAUUCUGCUAGUUAAACUUUUCACAUAAUCAGGUUUGUCUUGUAAAGAUGACUUUGCAGGCCAAGUGCUGAUUGCAAAUGAGAUUAAAGAUGAAGGUUAAGACUUAGAUACAAAAAGUUUGCAAGAAGUGUGAAUUUAGUUUAGGAGGGCACAUCCUUACAAUAUGAUUGGUUGAUGAUGUAAAAAAAUUUACACUGUUAGUGCAUCAUCUUACAAUAUGAUUGGUUAAUGUUCAUGUUGCGCAACGUUGAAACAAUUAGAUUUGAUUAUCAUCUUGUGUACGUUUUUCAGCUUGGUUGUGGUUAAAAGCAAAUAAUAGAAACUUCCACCAUGCAAUUUUUUAGUGGUAUUGUGAACCAAUUUCAUGUUUUGUAACAUCAUGACAAUUGGUAGGUUCUAGAAACUUGCACUCACACUGAAGUGUGAGUUUUGAUUGUAAUCGGUCGAAUACCCCUUUUACUCCCUUCCAUAAAUUGCUUAUAAAAACAUUUCAUUUCAAAAAAAAAAUUGCUUAUA